UCUCUCAAUAACAUAACAACACAGAGUACCGAAGUGCGCGCACGCAUGUAGCCGACGCAGACGGCGCGAAAACUAAGUCGAGAUAUGUGAGCAAUUCGAAUUUUAAAAUUAAUUUUUUUUAAUUUUUCUUCCGACCAAAAAGGUUGUAAACAAUGAAGUUAAUAGUGUUGUGCUGUGUAUGUGUAUUGACAGUGAUGGGACAAGACAUCGAUUCUAUGAGGAACAUGCCUAAAUACGAUGCGAGAUAUGAUUAUUUGGAUGUGGACGCUUUGUUUAACAGUAAGCGAUUAGUGAGGAACUAUGUCGACUGUUUGAUUAAUGGACAAAGGUGCACGCCUGAAGGAAAAGCGCUGAAAAGGCUCCUUCCAGAAGCACUAAGAACGAAGUGCAUCCGAUGCACAGAGAGGCAGAAGAAGACGGCGGUGAAGAUAAUCAAGCGACUGAAAUACGAAUACCCGGAAGAGUGGGCCAAGCUCGCCUCGAGGUGGGACCCUACGGGCGACUUUACGAGAUACUUCGAAGUAUUCCUCGCCAAUGAACAGUUUAACACCAUAUCUGGCAAUGGUAACGAGGUAUCAAUAUUACCGCUGACCACGCCCAGACCAGUGCCGCCAGCCAGCGUACCGACCACGGAGAGACCAGUGACCACCACCACUCCGCCACAGCCUGUGUUGCUCAACAGGUUCGGUGACGAAGAGGAGAUGGUAGGCAGUGCUUCUUCUGCGGUGACCACUCCUCGACCGACGGUAGCCACUCCGGUCAGGACUUCGAAGCCUAUCACCACUAUGAGAGCGCCUAUACCACCCAGGCCAACUCCCGUCUCCUGGGCCAACGUUGGAGCUGACUCGAUGCCAACGCGGUACACGCUGCGGCCCAACAACGAAAUGCCGCUGGUUUACUCCACCGCCAUCACUCUGAUCGACCAGAUCGGCAUCAAGAUCAUACGGACCACCGAACUCGUGACUGACAUCCUGAAGAACACUGUGAGAGCCGUGGUGGGAUGAUUGCUUGAGGAGAAAUUUUAGGGCACCGUACCACAUAAGGAAAUACAUGGAUCCCUUGUAGGAUCACUUUGUUGUCUGUAACCUUUAACGCGUGUAAAAAAUGGUGGAAUACCCAAUUGGUUACCGUACUUAUCUAUGGUAAUGGCAUAGGCUGACAAACUUUCAUCUUUCUUACUUACCUAUCUAUACUUAUAAUAAAUCUGAGGGAGGUCAAUUCUGUACAUGAAAUAUAUUUCCAAAAUAACUAUCAGGGGGUGAUUAGUGAUCGAUACUGAUGCCAAAAAUGCAAUCAGUAAAAUCUGUCUGUCUGUAUGUUCGUUAUAGAAACACAAUACAAUUAUUCUUUAUUCUCCUGGGAAGGUUAUAGUAUACUUUCAUCACACUACGAUCAAUAGGAGCAGAGCAGUGAAGGGAAAUGUUGGGAAAACGGGAGAAGUGAAGCUUGACCGGGUCUGCUAGUAUAAAAUAAGGUUUAUCUGGCUAUCGAAGUUAAAAAUACAAAAUAUCCAGUAACCUUAAUUCAUUCGGUAUUGAGAAUUUUUUAUAGGCACAACGGAAUUGAAAACCUUAAUCUUUUUUGAAGUGGGUUGAAAAUAUUUAUAACUUCUGUAUUAAUAUGAAAGUAACUAUUGAGAAAAUAGAUGUAAGGUGCUUCUAGCCUUCGGACCAAAGUAAAUUUUGCUUCUAGCAUCUAGCCGAUUCUGAUUCUCUUAUGUUCAAUAUGGUUUAAGAUCAAUAUGACUGUUAUGUUCUGUUUGAUCAAGAAAUUUGACAAUAUUGAAGAUAAUGUAGAAUCAACAAAUAUACAACAAGAUAUAGAUUAUACCUACUCGUAAAAUAAGUCUCGUUGCCACGCAGAGACAAUUUUUUUUUCUUUUUCGUGUUGAGUAAGUGCCAGCUCCAUGUGGGACCACUAUGGCAACACCGGGGAGUUUAGGCGAGCGCAGAAGCAUCGCCUGGUAGGGACUAUUGUAUAUCGAUGGCUACAACACUAACACACAACACUGCUGAAAAUUGCCAGUGCUCAACGAUCAAAUUCUUUGAUAUAAAUUAUGUAACAUAAUUAUAUAAAUUAUGUAACUUAGAUGAAUGGAUGAAACAAAUGAUGUUAUAGUUUUAGAUAUAUUUAGUUCUUAAAAUACUUUAUGAAAACUUAAAUAUAAAGCUCAAUCAACUUUCUCACUUACCUUAGUGUUACGAGAUUAUUAUCAUUAGGUUCAAAUACUGAAAAAAUCUAGACUCUGUUCACGUGAAGUUUUCACAAAUCCCGUGGGAAUUAUAUUUUAUCGGUAUAAAAAUUUGCUUACCUAUGUGUAAAUCUAUUUUAGCCAAAACAAAUGCCGUCAUAUUAAAGGAUCACCAUAACUCCUGUCUUUAACUUUUAAAUCAGCAUUUAUUUUGCAAUUACAUACUCGUACAUAGUUGCAAUGUAGUUUAGCAAGUGAGUUAUGGAAAAUAUAUACAUUACCUAUUUACUUACUUUCUUGAAAAAAGAAACACUACCACAGAAUACAUAUUAUGUACAACUAUGUACCAACUCGGGUCCAUACAAUAUAAACUAAAUUGGUUAAAGCGUAGAGAAAUCAUACAUUUACACAUACCUAUUUGUACAAUCAUUUAUUUUGGAACAAAACACAUUUUGUAAAUUAGAUUCGUAAUAGAUAAGAUAGAUAAUAAGAUAAGGUAUACAUUUGUAAUUAGAAUAAAAACUAAAUUAUUAUUUUUGUAGUUUAGUUUGUAUUUAGAACUAAACGACAUAAGGUCCACUCAAUUAGACUUGUAAGUUUAAUUAUUAAAUUAAGUCUAAUGAAAACAGUGACUCAAUAAAUAUUUUAUAUUUAA